CCUGAUGUUCGCCCACCGGCCCAGAUCCUGGCGGGAACUACCUGUGCGACUGGCUGAUUUUGGAGUCCUGCAUCGGGCUGAGGCCUCUGGCAGUCUGGGAGGACUAACCCGGCUAUGGCGUUUCCAGCAGGAUGAUGCUCACAUAUUCUGUGCACCAGAUCAGCUGGAAGCAGAGAUCCGAGGCUGUCUUGAUUUCAUCCGUUCUGUUUAUGCUGUCCUUGGCUUUUCCUUCCGCCUGGCUUUAUCCACCCGGCCAUCUGGCUUCCUAGGGGAACCUUGCCUAUGGGACCAGGCUGAACAGGUCCUUCAACAGGCCUUGGAGGAAUUUGGAGAACCCUGGGACCUUAACCCUGGAGAUGGUGCUUUCUAUGGACCUAAGAUUGAUGUGCACCUCCGUGAUGCCCUUGGUCGGCCCCAUCAAUGUGGGACAAUACAGCUUGAUUUCCAGCUACCACUGAGAUUCAACCUGCAGUACAAGGGGCAGGCAGGGGCCCUGGAGUGUCCAGUUCUCAUUCACCGAGCAGUGCUUGGUUCUGUGGAAAGGCUGUUGGGAGUGCUGGCAGAAAACUGUGGGGGAAAAUGGCCACUGUGGCUGUCUCCAUUCCAGGUGGUGGUGAUCCCUGUGAGGACAGAGCAAGAGGCCUAUGCCAGGCAGGUACAACAGUGCCUCCAGGCUGUAGGACUAGUCAGUGACCUAGAUGCUGACUCUGGACUGACCCUCAGCCGGAGAGUCCGCCGGGCCCAGCUUGCACACUACAACUUUCAGUUUGUGGUGGGCCAGAAAGAGCAGAGCAAGAGAACAGUAAACAUACGCACUCGAGACAAUCAACAACUUGGGGAGCGAGACCUGACUGAGGCUGUGCAGAGACUGCUAGAGCUACAGAACGCCAGGAUCCCCAAUGCUGAAGAAAGUUUCUGAGUUUCCGUACAUAGAUGAGGCAUAGACUCAGGAGAGCCGUCAGUCUUUCUUACCACAGAGACCCCCAACCCAGGUGCCAGCCAGAAUUUCCCAGACUCCUCAGAGCUGUGUUUCUGCUGUCCUGAAAGUAUACUUGUUUGGGGGCUCCCCACAGGAAGGAAAAUUGUACUGUUUGGCUAUAAGGAGAAUGAUAUGAAAAAUAAACUUGAAGCUGUUGGA